AUAUCACAAAUUUGUACAUAUAUUAUCCGCUUACUCGCCAGAGCAGCAGAACUACUUCUAAAUAAAAAAAAAAAUAUUUGUCAGCUAAUCUCAAUGUUAACAAACCAUGAAUCGAAACUUCUAAAUUCCAAGUCCCAUCUCUCUCAACCCAAUUCCGCACAUGGAAAUAAGCAGAUCAGGAUCAUGGCCGCUGAUAGAAAUCAUGAAUCUACACUAAUCUCCCCGCUCGCUCUCUCCUUCGCAUCUCUAAGCCCAAUCCUCGCGCGCCUGCACGCACAAGCCGAAAAUGGCUAAACCCAAACUUCAAAUCUGACGCCUUGCUGUUACAAACCGCAAGCACCAUGAAUCUGACUCGUCUUACUUUCACUAAGCCUAAAAGUCUCGUCUUUGGAGUCGUCUUCUCCCUCGGCGAGGAGCAGCCCAUGCAUGGGACUCGGAAACCCUGCUUCUCACCAUUAAUCCAGCUUCAUCACGAGGCAAUAUAACACUUUCAAAAUCUGCACCGACUAUAGCCAUCAAUCAAAUUGUAUCAAUUCAUGCACUAAAUCAAUCUGGUUAGUUAUUCAUUGUUCGGACUCGGGAGAGUAAAAUUGGUCAUAUAUCUUCGCGAGCGCCAUUAAUUAAUUGAGAGGAAUCCGCCAUUGCGAGUUUUCCGCACCCACGUAAUCCCGAAGGAUCGAUUUGAAAACAAUAAAAAGGAAAGGUUUUGGAGUGAAAAGAAACUGCAUUUGGGGAGCUCUAAAUUGUGCUUCCCUCCUUCAUCACGUUUUCCAUUUCCCGCCGGAUCGAUUAAAAAACCAUGGCAGGUGGACCGGCAAUCGGUGACUUUGAGUUUAGCCAUCUCUAGCUCCCAUUUGGGCGAAGCGAUAAAGCCCCAUUGGACUCGCCUCGCUGCACCUGACGCGUUAAGUCUACUGUUCUCCCUCAUCUCUCUCUCUUUCUCUCGCGCUUGCGGCUGCAAUUAGACGAAACCUCUCUCCUUCGAGGUCAAUAGGUUGAACGGAGAAAGGAGGAAGAAAGGGAGAAGUGCUGGCUGCGGCUCCAGGUGCAGGGGUCGCCUGCUCUGCGAUCCAAUCCGACCCAAUUAUCCUCCGCGAGUUCGGUGCAAAUUAGGGUUUUUGCUGCAUCGUUUCGGCGCUUGGAAUUCGAUAUAUAUCUCUCUGCUUGAUCAAGAUCUCGUCUUUGAUUGUUUCUGGGAUUUAGGGUUGAGUUCUGGGUGAGGGGACAAGAUGAUUAUCAAGCGGAGCCUGCAGGGGCAAAUGCCGAGCCUGAAGCGUUGCAAGGCGGAUGGAGAUGGAGAGGGCGACGGUGAUGGGGCGGCCGGAAGCCGACGGAAAAGACGGAAGAUUGAUAGCUUCUUUCCGCUCGAGAUUUUAGCCGAUAUCGGGAUUUCAGUGGGGCUUCCUUACCUUCCUGAAGACUUCCGGCGGAGUUUCUGCGAAGAGGCUUCAUUCUUCCCCGGCGAAGCGGAGCUGGAGGCCGCGGAAGCCUUGCGGUUAGUACCGAUUCCGGCCACGGUGUCGCCGGCCCCAUCAACGCCGAUUGUACGAACCUCCCGGGGACGGAUGCUAGUGCUUCCUUCACGAUUCAAUGACUCCGUUCUCAUUGAUCCGUGGAAGAAAGAGAAACCGAAGUUCAGAGUAAUGGAACCGGAGUUAAAGAUUGCAGCAAAACCGCCUGAUCGUAAGAAAGACAGUUUUGGAUACAAAGAAAAUGACAGUUUUGGAUAUAAAGAAAAUGGUUUUCUCAAUCCCGGGGAAGCCAACUCCCUCGCAUUGAUCAGGGAAGAGGAGUGCUACAGAGCUUGCAGGAACUUCAGUGUGAGGAAGUACUCGACUUCACGAAGCACUCUUACAUCCCUCUACGAAGCUUUCGUGUGUUUGGAGGAGCGUUUUCAGCCGCAGAUCUAUGGUGUUAAAGCUCCUGCUAGCUUUUCUCCAGAAGGACCAAUGGAGGAGCACAGUUUUCAAAGAGAUAGAGCUGAGCAACGAAAAGAUUUCUUUUUCCCUGAGGAUUUUGGUUUGGGGGAUGUAGUUUGGGCGAAAUCCGGCAAGAAGUAUCCUUUCUGGCCUGCCAUUGUCAUCAAUCCAGCUCUGCAAGCUCCAGCUAUGGUGCUCAAUUCCCGAAUCUCUGGAGCUCUGUGUGUGAUGUUCUUUGGGUUCUCUGGUAAUGAAAGGGACUAUGGAUGGGUUAAACAGGGGAUGCUAUUUCCAUUCAUGGACUAUAUAGAAAGGUUUCAAAGCCAGACGGAGCUCUACAGAAGCAAACCUUCUGAAUUUCGCAUGGCCAUCGAGGAGGCAUUCUUAGCCGAGCAGGGCUUCCGCGGAGCUGAAGUUGAUGAAGGUAGUCUGGGCGUGCAGAUGAGAGACAGGCAGUCUGUUCCCAGAGGCACCCAAGAAGCUACAGAUUCUAACCAUGAAUUGGAAUGCCUGUCACAGUCAGGAGACAAAUUUGGGUAUAAAUGUGAAAGUUGUGGAUUGACACUUCCAUUAAAAAAUACGAAGAAUAUUAAGCAGACAUCAGAAGAGUUGAUCUGUAGGCGCUGUGCAAAGCUAUUGAGAUCAAAACAAUACUGUGGAAUUUGCAAGAGGAUUUGGCAUCGCUCGGACAAUGGGAGUUGGGUUUGCUGUGAUGGAUGCCAAGUCUGGGUUCAUACGGAAUGUGACAAAAUGUGUAGCAAUCUUAAGGAUAUUGAAAGUACUAACUACUAUUGUCCGGAGUGCAAGCCAAAAUUUCAUAGCGAAUCAACAAAUGCAAAUAAAAAGAUCUCACAAGACAGAUAUGAUCACGGUGGUCGGGUAGAGAUGAAAUCCGGCCAGGUGGCUGUAAUUUGUUCAGGUGUGGACGGGACAUACUUUCCUGAGCAGCACAUGGUAUUAUGCCAUUGUGGCCUUUGCAAGUCACAGAAGAUAACACUAACAGAAUGGGAGCGGCACACCGGUUGCAAAACGAAAAACUGGAAGAGUAGCGUGAAGGUCAAAAACAAAAUGCUAUCGCUCGGAAAAUGGUUGGACCAAUACAAUGCACUCUUUCCCUUUCCAAACAAUAUGAAGCGCCCAUCUCCAAAAGUGAGAAAACAGAAACUGCUUGAUUUCUUGCAAGAAGAAUAUGAACCAGUGUAUACUAAAUGGACAACAGAGCGAUGUGCAAUCUGUAGAUGGGUUGAGGACUGGGAUUACAAUAAAAUUAUUAUCUGUAAUAGGUGCCAAAUAGCUGUCCACCAAGAAUGCUAUGGAGCAAGAAACAUUCGUGAUUUCACAUCUUGGGUUUGCAGAGCCUGUGAAACACCUCAAUAUACACGGGAGUGUUGCCUCUGCCCAGUAAAAGGUGGUGCUCUAAAGCCUACAGAUAUAGAAGAACUCUGGGUUCAUGUCACUUGUGCCUGGUUUCAACCUGAAGUCUCCUUUGCAAGUGGUGAAAAGAUGGAGCCUGCUGUUGGUAUAUUGAAUGUCCCAUUGCAGUCUUUGGCUAAAACAUGUUCAAUAUGUAAGCAGAUGCACGGUUCUUGUACACAAUGCUACAAAUGCUCCACUUAUUAUCAUGCUAUGUGUGCCUCCAGAGCAGGAUUUCAAAUGGAGUUGCACUGCCUAGAGAAAAACAGGAAACAAGUAACCAAAAUGGUCUCAUACUGUUUGCAGCACAGGCCCCCAAAUCCUGAUAAUGUAUUAAUCAUACAUACUCCUCAUGGAAUCAUCUCAGCCAGAGGCUUGCUCCGUAAAAAAGAAAAGAAAAAUGGUUCAAGGCUGAUUAGGAAAGAAACCAAUGAUGAUGAAACUAUUAUUCAUACUCUUAUUUCUGAAACUUCUUCCGCUGCAAGGUGCCGGAUAUACAAAAAGAUUGAUUCUAAGAGGAUGCAGAAAGAACCCGUUGCUCAUCGUCUUAUGGGACCUCGCUAUCAUCCAUUGAAUGAAAUUCAAAGUUUGAAUGCUCCUAAGGAGGAAAGGGAUCCUAAUUCAUUUUCUUCAUUCAGAGAGCGGCUUUACUAUUUGCAGUCAACGGAAAACAGUAGGGUCUGUUUUGGUAGAUCUGGAAUACAUGGAUGGGGUUUACUCGCUCGCAGAAAUAUUCAAGAAGGCGAAAUGGUUCUAGAGUACCGCGGUGAACAAGUGCGGGGUAGUGUUGCGAAUUUGAGAGAGGCUCAUUACCGAUUACAAGGGAAGGAUUGCUAUUUGUUCAAGAUUAGCGAAGAGGUUGUGGUUGACGCUACAGAUAAAGGAAAUCUUGCACGGUUAAUCAACCAUUCCUGCAUGCCCAACUGCUAUGCAAGGAUUAUGAGUGUGGGAAAUGAUGAGAGUAGGAUUGUUCUCAUCGCAAAGACCAAUGUUUCUGCCGGCGACGAGCUAACGUAUGACUAUCUAUUUGAUCCUGAUGAAGCGGAAGAAUGCAAAGUUCCAUGCCUUUGCAAUGCUUCUAACUGCCGGAUGUUCAUGAAUUAGACAGCUUUAAUUAGUUGAUUUUUUUCCAUACAAGGGUGCAUUUUUAUGCCACCCGUUGACAUUGAGGUUUCUCCUUCCCACAUAAUUGAUGAGUUUAUUUUUUUAUUUUUCCAAUCUUUAUUUAUUUCUUUCAACAAGUUUCCAUCUUUCUUCCAAAGAAAAGGCUUUUAGGCAAACUCAUGGCUUAGGAUACAGGCACACAGAAAUGGUGCUGCUACUGUAAAUAUGUUUGGUCAUGUAUGGAAUGAUUAAAAUCAUUAAUCAAACUCAUAUAGUCUUUACUCAGAAGAUGAACUGAUCUUUUUAUUUC